AUGCUACAACUCCUUGGCAUACCCGUUUCUGACAACACGCAGCUCGUUCUUAGUGCCACAGCUUGUCUUGCGGUAGCAGGAGUGAUCGCUCGGGCUUACUUGACUGGAUCGAGGAAUGUCCUUCCCCUCCCACCUUCCCCUCCCACUUGGAACCUUCGGGGGCACAUCCUAUCCCCUCCCUACCCAUUUCUCACUAUAGGGCGAUGGAUUGAGGAGUAUGGUCCUGUAAUCACCCUUCGCACAGGAACUGAGAAAAUUGUUUUUAUCGGCCGUUACAAAGCUGCGAUGGACAUUAUGGAGAAGCAGGGCGGAGCAGUAGCUGAUCGUCCUCGCAUGGUAGCUGGUAGAGAACUCUUUACUGGCGGACAGAGCAUCGCUUUUGAGUCCACUGGAGAAAAGUUCCGUCGAAUGCGUAGAGCCCUUCAUACGCAUCUCCAGCCUAAGGCAGCUGAGGCAUACCAACCCCUGCAGAUGUCGUACGCCAAGAACACGGUCCUCGGCAUCCUUGAAGAUCCGUCCCACUUCCAGAAGCAUGCGACAAACUAUGGUGCGACAACGAUUACGAAAGUUGCAUUUGGGAAGAAUGUGACCGACGAGGAAGUCGUUAGGGGGCGCCAGUUCCUCGAGACACUUUUUGCAGUCGUGCGCCCUAACGCGUACCUGGUGAACUCAAUCCCGUGGCUCAAAUACCUUCCUUGGUAUGGCCAAGAGCUGAGACAACAGUUUGAAAGCAACAAGAAAAUCUUCACUGGUCAGCUGAACCACGUGAAACAACAACUUGUACGCGUCUCCAUCUGCCAAUCUCCGCAUGCAAUGUGGACGCAGGGCCCUUCAUUCGGGAGACAUUUGCUAGAAAACGAAGAGCAAUAUGGCUUGACAUUCACAGAGAUGGCUUUUCUUACCGGCAUAUUCUUUUCAGCUGGAUCUGAUUCGACUGCUACGGCAAUAUGUACGGUACUGAUGGCAGCCGCAUGUUUCCCCGAGGAGCAAGCUAAGGUCCAGGCCGAGAUUGAUGCGGUCAUUGGCCGGCACCGAGCACCGACCUUCGCUGACGAACAAUCCCUUCCUCGUCUGCAUGCUUUCAUUGCCGAGUGUUUGAGAUGGAGACCGUUGGGAUUUCCUCACCGAACAGGUAAAGACGUGAUUUGGGAAAACUAUUGCAUUCCCUGCGGGGACUACAGAUCUAAUGGCUCCCACAUCAGGGCCAUCUCUCGAGAUCCAGAAGUUUACCCUGACCCUGACACGUUCAAGCCUCAGCGCUGGAUCAACGACGAAGGCCGCAUGAGAGACGAUCUGUCAUUCUUUGUCUUUGGGUUUGGUCGGCGCGUUUGCCCCGGACAACACGUUGCGAGCAGAUCGAUUUUCAUCAAUUCGGUCCUCAUGUUUUGGGCGUUCCAGGUCACUCUGGACGCUACGAAGCCGUUGAAUGACAUGGAAUAUUUGAGCGGGGUGAUGCCACUGGUCCAGCCGUGUGCUCUUGAGUUUAAGAAGAUGAUACCGGAAUCAGAGAUCAGGCGCAUGCUGAAGAAUUAUCCUGAGGGCACAUGA